AGAAAGUCUCCAAAGGAGUAUGACAAUGGCAGCUCCAGUUCUUGUCACUCCAGCAGUAGUCACAUUGACAGCAUAGGUUCCACCAUGGAAGAUAAGAGAACCCUCUUCCAAGAGAAGGUUCGGCUUAGCAACGAGGCCUGUCAGGCAUGUGAUUACCCCCGUGCCAUUACACUAUACACAGAAGCUAUCAAAUUGGACCCUACGAAUCACAUUUUGUUCAGUAAUCGCUCAGCAGCGUAUGUGAAAAUUAAGCAGUAUGAGGACGCUCUUCAAGAUGCCACUCGUGCAAAGGAACUUAAUCCGAAAUGGGCAAAGGCUUAUUAUCGUCAAGGUGUUGCUCUUCAAUGUCUAGGCCGACAUGCUGAUGCUUUGGCUGCAUUUUCUUCAGGAUUAGCACAGGAGCCUAAGAGCUUACAACUGCUGGCAGGUUUGAUAGAAGCUGCUUUGAAAUCUCCACUGAAAGACACAUUUGAGCCAACAUUUGAACAGUUGAAGUCUAUGAAAUUGGACAAAAGUCCAUUUGUAAUCAUCUCUGUGAUUGGUCAAGAUCUCUUAGCUGCUGGUUACCAUGCAUCCUCAUUGGUCGUUUUAGAAUCAGCUUUGAAAAUAGGCACGUGUAGUUUAAAAUUACGUGGAUCGGUAUUCUCGGCACUGAGCAGUGCUCAUUGGGGCUUGAGCAACUCGGACAAGGCUGUCAACUAUAUGCAACAGGAUCUUUCAAUUGCUAAAUCACUAGGUGAUCAAGAAGGAGAAUGCCGAGCGCAUGGUAAUCUAGGUUCUGCAUAUUUCUCAACACGUAACUUUAAAGAUGCUUUAACACACCACCGAUUUCAGCUGGUACUAGCCAUGAAGUUAAAAGACCGGAGUGUAGCAGCUUUAGCCUUAAGUAGUUUAGGUCAUGUAUACACAUCUAUAGGAGAUUACCCAAAUGCGUUGUCAAGUCACAAACAAUGUGUUCUGUUAACACAACAAUUAAAUGACAAACAAUUUGAAGCCCGAGAAUCUGGUGCCGUUGGCGCUGUGUACUUAGCCCUUGGUGAUUUUGAAAAUGCAUUGGACUGCCACCAAAAGCACCUUGAGAUUGCCAAAACCUUGGAGAAUAAAAGUGAGGAAGCGAGAGCGUAUAGUAAUCUAGGAAGUGCCUAUCAUUUCAAUCGUGAGUUUUCACGUGCUAUGCAGUACCACAAUCAAGUUUUGGUAAUUGCAAAAGAAUUGCAAGAUAGGACCAUAGAGGCACGUGCUUAUGCCGGCCUAGGGCAUGCUUCCAGAUGUCUUGGGGAUUAUACCCGGGCUAAAGAAUGCCAUGAGCAGCAGUUAAACAUUGCCUUGAGUACCAAGGACAAGACAAUGGAGGGUAGAGCCUGCUCAAAUCUUGGAAUUAUUAAUCAACAGCAGAAUCAUUUUGAAAAUGCCUUGAAACUUCAUAAAGCCCACUUGACAAUCGCAUCUGAACUCAACGACAGAGCUGCCAUGGGGAGAGCGUUUGGGAACAUGGGAAAUGCUUACAGUUCUCUUGGACAGUUCGAACAAGCUGUUAAAUACCACAAACAGGAAUUAGCAAUCUCUAAGGAGGUUAAUGACCUCGGUGCAGCCGCAUGUACUCACGGAAACCUUGCAGUAGCAUAUCAAUCACUGGGGAUGCACGAGAAAGCGUUAGAACAUUAUCACUUACAUUGGAGUCUUGCUCAGAAACUGAAGGAUGAACCGAGUAUAGGAAGAGCACUAAGUAACCUUGGAAACUACCAUUGUUCUCGCGGGGAGUUUACUCACGCCAUUCCAUUCUAUGAACAGUACCUUGCUGUAUGUGGAAAACUGAAAGACUACAGGGGUGAAGGAAAAGCAUGUCAUAAUUUAGGGUACUCCCAUUAUUCAAUGGGGGAUUAUAAACAAGCCGUCCAAUACUAUGAACAAGAUUUGGAAAUUGCGAAGGAUUUAAAUGAUAAGAUCAGUAUGGGUCGUGCAUACUGUAAUCUUGGUUUGGCUUACAGGACGUUAAAGAAAUUUGAUGAAGCAACCGAGUGUCAGAAAUAUUUUCUAACCAUUGCACAUCUUUUGAAAAAUGCUAAUGGGAAAUUUCGUGCCUUAGGCAAUCUUGGGGACAUAUGCAUGGCAACAUCAGACACAAGUGGUGCUAUCAAAUUUUACGAACAGCAUUUGAUUCUGGCAAAGCAAGUGAAAAAUAAGACUCUCGAAGGUAAUGCAUAUGGUGCAUUAGGAAGCGCUUACAGAAAGAUUGGAAAGUAUGAUAAAUCAUUGAGUUACCACACUCAGGAAUUAACCAUUUACCAAGAGAUAAGUGAUGUAAAGGGGGAAUGUAAAGCACAGGGUCAUUUAGGGGCUGUUUACAUGUUACUUUGCAAGUUCUCAAAUGCAUUCAAUUGUUACAGGGAACAACUAGAGCGAGGUCAAGAUCUCCAAGAUCUUUCAAUACAAGCUCAAGCCUUUGGUAAUCUUGGUAUCACAAAGAUGAAUAUGAACCAGUUUGAGGAAGCUCUUGGAUAUUUCGUAGAACAGUUAGAAAUGCUCCAGCAAUUGGUAGGUAACACAGCACUUGGUGAUCGAGGUAGAGCUUUUGCCAAUAUGGCCGAGUGUUACGAAGCCUUGGGAGAUUAUGAGGAAGCUGUGAACAAUUAUGACAAGUACCUUUUAAUAGCACAAAAAACUAACAAUGCCGAGGAGCAAGAUAAGGCUUACCUCGGACUUGGUACAAUCCAUAGAACUGUUGGAAAUCUUCAACAAGCUCUUUUCUGUUUUGAGAAGCGGUUGAUGGUGGCCCAUGAAAUGGACACCAGUACUGCUAAGGGUAGUGCAUAUGGUGAGCUUGGAUUCUUACACAGCCUAAUGGGCAACUUUGAGCAAGCCAUCUCAUGUUUAGAACACCAAUUAAAAUUGGCAAAGGACAUGAAUGAUAAAGCCGGAGAAGCAGAUGCUGCUUGUGGUCUUGGUGGAAUCUACCAGCAGAUGGGUGAAUACGAGAAAGCAAUCAACUUCCACCAGAUAGACCUGGAGAUUGCUGAGGAGACAAAAAAUUUAGCUUGCCAAGGAAGAGCAUUUGGAAACUUAGGUGUGACAAAUGAAUCACUUGGGAAAUACCAGAAGGCAGUGAUGUAUCAGGAACAGCACUUAAGCAUUGCAGCACAGGUAAAUGACCAUGUAGCGAAGAGUCUUGCUUACAGCAGUCUUGGACGUAUUCAUCAUGCUUUGGGCGACUACGAAAAAGCAGUAACCUAUCUUCAACAAGGCCUACAAAUUGCAGAUCAAUUAGGACGCAAGGAAGAUGAAGCCAAGAUUAGACAUCGGCUUGGCCUAGCUCUCUGGUCCAACAAAGAGCUUGAGGAGGCACAACAUCAGCUCUACCGUGCGGCCGAUAUCUUUGAAAGCAUACGCCGCGAGAUCCAGAAUGGCAGCGAGUAUCAUAUCACUCUCUUUGAUAUCCAGAGUGCUUGUUACCAAGCUCUGCAGAAGGUAUUAGUUGAGUUGAAACGCACCGAUGAAGCACUUGUCGUCGCAGAGCGUGGCAAGACACGUGCUUUCAUUGACCUCCUUUUGGAACGUCAGAUGGAAGGUGCAGAUGUGAUGGAUACAAUGCUCCUCACAAAGGACCAGAUAUUAGAUGCAGUAAAUCAACAGGAGGCAGCUGUAUUGUAUUUCUCCAUAGCAGCAGGGCACCUUUACAGUUGGCUUAUAACCCCAAACAAAGGUAUCGUAAAAUUCCACAAUUGUAAUGUAAAUGAUCUGGAGCUUGACAAUAUCGCUGAUGCGGCAGAUGGAGAAGAGAUGCCGGCAAACACUGCCAUCAACCUCACCACCACCACCAAUUUUGACCAUUACAUAAUGCAUGCACGGGAAGCACUCGGUGUUGACAGCCCAGGAAAUCAGAGCAGAACCAGUGACAUCGCAAGUGAAACUGAGAGCGAAGCUGAUGAUCUUCUCCAGCAGCAUCUGGAUGAACUCAGUGGCAAGAUCUCUGUCGAUGGUGAUAAGGUUGCAUUCCUGCGGAUGGUGAACCGCGGUCAUCGUUUAAAUAGCAGUGGUCACAGUCUCAGUAGUAUGAUGUCGCAGUUCAGUGGAAGUCUUGGUGUUAAUGGUACUGUUGUUGCUCACUCAAAGAAGAGAUCAUGGUCCGGUCGUCCGCCACUCAGAGUGUUGUAUGACAUACUUAUUGGUCCAAUGAACGAAGCCCUGGUGGAGGCACAGACGGAAGAUGGCGGACCGUCAGAAUUGGUUCUUGUUUUAGAAGGCGAUCUUCAUCUUGUACCAUUUGCUGUACUGAAAGGCAGCUCUCCAAGCCGAUGUCUAUAUCAGCGUUUCAAUCUCCGUGUAAUUCCAUCCCUUCGAUCACUCUCCCCUAAAUGCAUUACAAGAGGUGCAAAUAAUACCAACUACACUACGCCAGCGUUGGUAGUAGCCAAUCCUAUAAUGCCUCAAGUAGUGACUGACAGGUGGGGAUGGGGAACGCUGUCAAAUGCUGAACAGGAAGCUUUAGUAGUAUGCGAGCAAGUAGGAGUAAAGCCAUUGCUAGGAUCAUCAGCCACCAAGGAUGCAGUAUUAGAGGCAAUUUCAGGCGCAGAAUGCAUCCACUUUGCUACUCAUGUUUCCUGGAAGCUCUCUGCACUUAUUCUCUCACCAGGGACAAAUGCUUUCCAGGAACAAAAUGCUAAAAUGACCAGAAAUGGGCUACUGUUGCCAGAACGCAUGGACUUUAAUGAUAGUGAUGACAGUGAUCUGGAGAAUGCUGACUUGCCUGCUCUUUCUGAUUUUGUACUCUCAGCUGCAGAUAUCCUUGAUCUCCAGUUAACUGCAAAGCUUGUGGUAUUAAGUGCAUAUGGUAGUGAUGGGCGCAGUGGAAAGAUCAAUGCAGAAGGACUCGUUGGCCUUGCAAGAGCCUUCCUAGCUGCUGGAGCACAAAGUGUUCUUGUCCCUCUAUGGCCAGUACCGGAGCUUGCCACCAAAAUCUUCAUGAGGUCUUUGUACGAAGCCUUACUGCGUGGCUUAAAGACUAGCAAUGCAGUGAGUGAAGCGAUGCAGAAGGUGCAGGAGACGAAGCAGUUCACACAUCCAUCCAAUUGGGCUGGUUUUAUGCUCAUUGGCAACAACAUCAAGAUCAGUAACAAGAGCACAAUGUUUGGUAAUGCACUGGCUGAUCUUCUAACAACACCUGCAAAGUGCCGCGAAUCUCUGAGAGUUCUCCUGCAUUUGAUUGAGAAAUCAUUGCAGCGAAUCAACCGUGGACACAAGAACCCAAUGUAUACAACAAAACAGAGCAUCAUCAAGAAGGUUGGACCCGUCAUUGGCUGGCAGGAACUCCUCAAGUCUGUUGGAUUUAGAUUUGAGGAACCGACCAAUGGCUUACCUCCGUCCGUUUUCUUCCCAAUGGCCGAUGCUGGAGACAGGCUUCUUCAAGCUAGUACAAGCCUACAGGCGUUACUAGGAUUGACUCCAACUUCUGUGAUGGCGCUCUCCAAACUGCUUGUCCACCCUGAAGCUGCAGAAGAAAUUAUUCAAAUGUUACGACAAGUGUUAGAUAAAUAUUCCCGUGAUAGAGAUUCUCGUGAAAUCGGGAUUCAAGUUCCAAUCAACACAAAACUAUGGAGAACACCCGGAUGCCAUGAGCUUCUCGCAUCGCUCGGCUUUGAUUUAAUUGAUGUUGGUAAAGAAGAGGUGCUACUCAUCACCGGUAAACAAGUCAGCCGCCGCAUGCUCAACUACAUUCUACAGUCGUUGCUUGCUGUUUUCGAUCCUGCUCAGGCUCCUACGUCUCUUCCAUUAGAACGUUCACCAUCUAUGGAGAGUCUAGGAUCCUCUCAUUCUGGUACCUCAAUGUCAGGGUUAUCUGGAAGGUCUAUAGGUGCUAUGUCUGGACAGUCCAUCAUUUCUAGUCAUUCCAUAACUGGGACUCCUCCAAUGCCACGCAAGCCUGCAGUUGAACGUACCGUAAGAAGCUUGAAAGCAAAAACGGCAAAACGCAGACUACCGAUCCAAACAUCCACGCCAAUGGGUACCAAUCUGUAUAACAGGAUGCCACUUAAGUCAAACAAUAAUCCCAUGUUAGCUUCUGCCACAUCUUUUUCUUCACUACCACCCAAGUCGAUAACAUCAUUGAAGACUAAAAAUAAUCUCUCACCGGGAGCGCUAACAAAUAAAAUUAACAGAAAUGAGCCGUCGGUGGCGCCAAACAUUGCAUCACUGCUGUAUGAUGUUGACGAUAACAAUUCACACAGCAGUGGGGGAAAGUUGAGCAGUAAAGGAACGUUGGAUGUACUACCAGUGAGGUCACCCUACUCAUCUAAGGAAUCACUUCUUUCUAAUGGAAAAUCUUCAAAACAUAUCAUUGGAAGUGUUAACCUUGGAUUUCAAAGUGAUGAAGAAGAGGUUCUGAAACCUUCAUCGCCUGCCAAAAGUAAACAGACUGUAACAAGACAAAGUCCCAUUGGUAGUGUUGGUCAUAAGUUUAUUGAAAACGAAUCUAGUUCUAAAAGUAUGAAGCUCCGUGGGUCUGGAGACGGUGUGAUGAGCAGCUCGAGUCCGCGCAGAAAGGGUUCACGGUCAUCGAUCUCCAGCGAUAGUGAUUCAAUCGUGAUGAAGAUAUUAAAAGACACUAUGCCACAUAUGCAUGCUGUAGAUGUGAUGCAGCAUGAGGGAACCAGAUCUAAACAGCCCCCUCUUGAGUCUGUAACAGCAGAUAUUGAAACAACUUUUUCAACACGUGCUAGUGAAUCUUUGAAAAGUAUUGCCGAGUCAAAAGUAAGUGAUGUGGAGUACAUCGAUUUAGGAGAGAGUGUACCGGUAAAGAAUAAUCCGAUGACAUCUUUGAAAAAAGAAGAAAAUUUCAGACAAAUAUCACAGAAGAAAACAGAUUUGAAUCAAGUCAAAGCUACUAGCAAAAAGACUGAUGUUCCUAAGGGAAAUGUUGCUUUGAAAUCUAAACCUAUAUCACCAUACAUCAAACCUAACCCUCCCAAUGGAUCCAAUGCAGUUCCAGUUCAGUACAAAUCACCACCAAAUUACAAAGAAGCUAUCAAUAGGAAUAACUCCAAUGUCUCUUCACCUAGGAAAGGAUCCAUUGGACCGACAUCUCCACAGCCACCAAACUAUUAUUUACGACGACCCAGUAGUGCACAAAGCACCAACAGCAGUAUUUACUCUUCAACCUCAUCCAUUCCAAGCGUAAUUCACGUACCGCCAAUGAAUGCAUCACCUCACAACAGACGAGGCAGCGUUGAUUCUGCAGACUCAGCUCAAUCGAGCACUCCUAGUGCGCCCUCACCAACAUGUAGCAACCAUAGUAGUGGACAGUCGAGGAAAAGCUCGCUUAGUAGUUCAGCGAGUCCAAGCUCGCUGAUCUUGAAUGGGAAACCAAGGAUGAAUGGCGCACCAUUCAAAACAGUUCAUUCUCCUAGAGGGAAAGCUGUCCUACACAAGGAGACUGUAUUACGAUCAUCACAAUGUUAAAUUCUCUUGGCAUAUUCCCUAUAGUAUGUAGGUGAGCUGGAUGCUUUUUAAUCCAAUCUUCCACCAACUUUGUUAAUACCGCCCUCUUGUGACUGACUGACUUUGAUGCAAUCUAGAAUACGGGAAUCUCCACAGAGUAGACAACAAAACAAACAAAACAAAGAGUACCUUGUGAGCCUCGCAAUGGUGGGAAGUAUGCAGAUGCUUGAAUUUCAUGAUACAUUUAGGCUACGUUCAAACUUGUAGAUAAGCCAGGCUUACGUUGAGCCUGGCUCAAGGUUAAGCCCGGCUUCACUCUGCCAGGUGUUCAGACUAGCGGGAUUAGCCAGGCUCGAGUAUUUGCAUAUUAUUGAACCGUAACCGGGAAACGAGUUUCCAAACAUUGCGUUCGAAACGUACGCUCGCUCACAGGACAAGUAAUUUAAUGCUGAUUGGUCAUUUGUUUACCUGAAGUCAACGCAAGACAUCCCCCACAGCGAUUAAUGCCCGGCUUAGAAAAGUUAAACACCGUGGCACGCCACGCCUAGUUACUAUAGGAACACAGCCCGGCUUGAGAUAAGCCACCUAGUUCAGACUGGCACGUGGAUAAACCUGGUGAGUUGAGCCGGGUAUAUCCACCUCGUCUGCACUAGGCCAAAGCCUUAAACCAGUUCAUCAAAAAAGGUUUUAGGGGUAAAUAACGACAAUUUUUCAUCCACUGAAGUCAAAUUACAAGACAUGAUCUUUAGUCUUAGGUCAAGUAUUUUUUUAAGCAUCAAGUGCUUUCACCAACAAAUCAGUAGCACAUUUGCGAAAUAUUAAAUCAUAAAAUAUAUUCGAAAGCACCCAAAAUGGCCUUGUUCUCUUGUAUUAUUUAGCAGUCGGACCUUUAAUGAUUAGUCACUGAUUAUCGUACAAAUUCAAUUCAGCUUUUAUUACCUAAGUGUAUUAAUCAGUUAUUAGCAGUUAAUUAGGAACAUUUUAAUCUGUUUUGGGUGCUAUAUGUAUUUCCAAAUGGAUGGAUGCUAACCCCGGUG